AUGGCCGCCGCAAUGGCGCCCUUCCCUCGGACCUACUUCCGCUAUAUCGAGCCGUUAAUGAUCACGUUUGGGAGUAUGAAUCUUAUGCUCAGCGGUGCAAGCAGCGCCUCCACCUAUCUCUCAACACCACCACACCCAACAUUGCCAACUGAGCACUUUUUAGCUCUACAAGCAGGCAGCAUGAUGGCUCUAGCCGGCUUACUCCUCGCCAUCAUCAUGUGGACAAGCAAUGAACUCAAAACCAUCAGGCUUACAAUCAUGGUUCUUGCUGCAUCUGAUAUCCCGCAUUGGAUCUUUGGGGCGUGGUGUUUGGGGCCUCUUGCUUUUGAGCCCAGUAAUUGGAGUACGGAGAUGAAGGCGUAUAUGGGGGUUCCUGUGAUCACUUUCUUGAUCAAGGUUGCGUAUCUGAUGGGAUUGCUUGGGCGUGAUCGGGUCUGCGGGAAGGCUAGAAAGGAGCUCUGA